CCACCGGAACCCAGGCACCAGGGCCGAUUCAGGACGGCGGACAUUUUGCCGUGAUCAGAUGAAUCGCUGCGCCGUCGAUAACGCCGGACCGGUUCGGCAUGUUCCCCCGUUUCAGGCCGAUUCAGACCAUUGGACCCGUUUCGGGUCCGUUGAAGAAAUACAUCUCAUUUUUCAGAAAACAAAACUUCCACGGUACAAGGAGCGAAGGUGCGUCGGCCCUCUUCCGCGGAUCUUUUUGGACGAUAUGACAACCAACUUCACAAGCAAGUUAUGGACUACGUAUGCAAACUGGUUAUAUACACGAUGGGAAAAGACGUAUCUUUGGGAUUUGGUAGAGCCUUACAGACGACCCAGAUCCUUUAAACCACUUGUUUCCAUUUAUAUAUCUGCAUUCUACACUGGUGUUAUUGGAUCUGCUAUUACUGAACAACUUUAUAAGGAAAGAUAUUGGGAAGAUCAUCCUGGGGAAGCUGUUCCACUAAUGCAACCGAAAUUUUACUGGGGCCCUUGGAGGGUGCUAAGGCAAGAUUUGUCGCGACCAAGCGAGUGAAUUUCUUUAAUGUGCAGAUUUGGGGGUUGCGGAUUCUGAUGGUCUUGGAUAAUGUUUUGCAAAGGUGUUCAAGGAACUUGAUUCUGUAGGGAAUAGAUCAAAGUCUACAUGGCCAUUCUAGUUUUUCAAUAUUAAAUGGACUCCUGAAAUCACAGGUUGGCAACUUAUAUCAAUUUUCAAGGUCUAUGUUGCAGGAGAUGACUCAUCGAUGACUUCUUGGAUGAAGUUGUAAAUAUAAUAAGUAUAAUGUUUAAAUUUGGCCCAUCAUCUUUA